AUGGUUACAACUCGCUUUAUAGACGUCCCCAGCAUCGCUCCAGAAAUGGGUGUGUUCUUUAUUUUUUCACUAGCAAUCUUCUUUGGGUUUAUGAAAAAAAUCAAAGGUGAUCACCGCUUUAUUGAAAUUUACAUUGCAUCAAGAUUAUGAGAAUUUUUAAAAGACCCAUCAGCCCUCAGUCGAAGUAUCUCAUUCCUGAAAUUCAUAAUUCUCACUAUUUUAGCAUGGCCUAUAAUUACAUUACUAUGCUGGACUGGCUCUCUUCUUUACAACGAAAUUCAAUUUGGCGGAAAAUACGAUUAUGUUCUUGGGAUUUCAGUAUUUCUUAUAUGCUUUUCUGCUAUGUUUUUCUUAUCAGGUGCGCUUAGAAUUAAAUGGCAAGGCUAUAAAAUCAGCUGGUACUCUAUUUUAUCAAUUCUCCUUGGAGCUGCUCUUUAUAUGGCCUUCCAAAUUGAAGUUCUGUUUUUGCAAGACCAAGUAUGGUUCUUUGGACUUUCGAGCAUUUUCAUUGCUUCAAAUUGCAUUGUAAUAGUUAUGCUUAUUUAUAUAGUGAGAUCUAAAGGAGGAGUUACUAUAAACACUUUUAUAAAUGAAUUGCCUGAUGGUGACCCAAUGAAUGUGCCUGAGGGUUCAAUUAAAGAAAUUUUAGAAAACCAGAAAAAAGACUCUGUGGUGGUCUCUAAAGGGGAAAUUUAUGAAUUUUUUACAGUUAAUAAAGCUGAUGAGCAGUUUAGCUACUCGCCUUUAUCUGGAGGAAUUCAUGCACUUUUUGACAGUACAUGGUUUAAUAACCACAAAAGGCUAGCUCAAUCCUUAUUAUAUUUAUUUUCCCUCAUAGUUUUAGCUGUUUAUGGAAUUUUAGCUUGGUUCUAUACAGAAUACGAAGCCCUAGGAUUUUUGAACUUUUUCUUAAUAGGGACAACAGAUAUUGGGCUAUAUCUAUUUAUGAAAUCAGGACUUUCUGAAGGUUCUUUUGAACCCACAUUAAUAGCAGUGACCUGUAGAUUAUGCAUUUUUAUUUGGACUGGCGAAUGAUGGUUUCUUGGCUAUUCAUUAGCCUACAUUUUAUUUAGCGCAAUAUUAUUUUUAAAUUUAAUCGAUGUCCGCUUCCCAUUAGCAUCCACCGCAAUUAAGCAGGAUUUAACUAAAAUUCAGCAAAAAGAUAUAUCGAAAUCAGGAGAAUUUGUAUAUUUAUUUAUGACAAUUACUUAUUGUAUUGUUAUUGUCAUUGAUAGUUUGGUUGACCCAUCCGACAUCCCAUUCACAAGUCUAACCAUUUCAGGUUAUGACUACCCACUUUGGCUGAUUGGAAUCACUUCAAUUACUUUUACCUUUAUUCUCCUUGGGAUUUUGGUAUCUUUAAGACUUUUUAUAAGAAAAAUGAAAGGAGUGCAAGACAGAGUUGAAUAUUUUAUGCUUUUUAAAGAAGUCGACUUAUACUGGAUAGUGAUAACUCUGACAAGUGGGGUUAUUUUUGUAUCAGGAAUUGCUAUUUAUUUAGCAACUUAUAAGCCUACUAUAAUGAUGCUAUUCUUUUUCAUGCCAGUUAUUGUAGCAUCUUAUAUGAAUUUUUAUUAUCACUAUUUGAAAAAUGAUCAUUCCAUUGUGAUGGAUGUGGCUGAAUAUAAUAAUAAAACUAAGAAAAAAAUCGAGCAAGAUAAUGAGCUGAUAAAUAGAAUUAGUGAAUACCAAGAAAAUUUGUUGAAUAUGAUGGUAAAUCAAGACCAAGAUGGAAAACCAUCUAUGGCUCAAAUGGUUGGUAUGACACUUACAAAUAAGCAAUUGCAAGAAAUGAAGCUUGCUGAAGCUGAGUCAAAGCUGAAGGAAGAAAAAAGUCUGGAAAAAACAUAUAUAGUGGCACUAGAUAAAAGAGAAGAAAUGAAGCUUAAAUCAGGAAUGAUCAAUAUCGAUACACUAACUACGUGCAAUAGCAAAGUCGAUUUGCUCUAUAACUUAAAAAUUCUAGGAGAUAUUUUUAAUAUUGAUUUGUAAAGUUGCAGAUUCUGUUAUUGAAAAAUAUAAGGCUUACUAUAAUUAUUAUUAAUCUAUAAAUUUUUAAAACUUUGGGGUUUUGGAAGAAUAAUUCAUUUUUGCUUGCUAUUAAUUGGGUCAGGUAAGAGAAUCAACUCCAAAAUUAUUGAGGGAAUGGAAAAAAGAAACAAACUUUGUCAAAGCAUUUUUCACAGGAAGGCUACACAGAAAUGAUUACGGAGCAAUACUUUCAUAUUUGAAUAUGCUUAUAUUUUUGGGACUUCAAGCAGGAAUUAUAUACGCUGUUGAUGGAACAUACAAAUAUGGCGCUUCUUUUUCUAUAGCAUUUUUUGGUCUCACUAUCCUUCAUCUCCUCUUUGAUCAUAUUUACAGGCUCUUCAAGUUUGUAUAUAAGGGCUGGUGGAAGAGUUCUAUCCUCAAAUAUUUAUCAAUUAUUUUUAUAUUUUUAGUGUCUUGGACUGGAUUAGCCGUUGGUCUUUACCUAACAGAAAGGCUUGGAAUUUAUGCAGGUUUUACAAUAUCUUACUAUACCUGUGUCGCUUUUAUCUUUAUAUGUUCGUCAAUUUCUCUAUUUACCUCAAUUCAUCGUAUGAGGACUGAGCCGAUAUUUUUUUCACCAUGGAUUUUCCCUAUAUACAAAUAUGAGACUAAAAAUGAUAGAUUAAUUAAAUAUAACGAGCUUGGACUUAUGAUGUGUGGCACUAUUGGACUUAUCAUGAUAUAUGGAGUUAUUUGUAUAAUUUGGGUUGAUCCGGUUUCUGCUGGCAUAGCUAUUGGCUCUUUAGCUGAAGUUUUAAUAGCUUUAGUAUUUAUUUUUAUAACUGGAAUUUCUCCAGUACAGCUUGGGACUGCUUAUAAAUAUGUGAACCCUUCCACCCAUCCCAAAGCAAUGAAAAAAGCUUGGCUUGAGGCUAAAGAAAACUAUUUAAUGAAAAAAGGAGCUUCCAGAGCAGAAGAUUUUGCCUCUUAUGCUGAAAGUAAAGACAAAAUAAACCACUUAAAUCAUAUGGCUCAAGCCAUAAGGCAAAAAACAAUUUUUGAAGUUCCUAAAAAAGAUGAAAAUAAAGCAUGGAGGUCAUCUUCAAGAGAAUUAGGAAAUUUAAGAGAUAUUUAUGCUGAAAUCCAUCAAGAAGAAAAGAGGGCUAAAAAGCAAUACGUUCAAGAGAUAGAAUUGAUGAUAAACUUCCAGUUAUUAAUUUUAUCUGGAGCUGUAUCAUCAAAAAGCAAUGAAAUUAUGUUUUUAAAUAGCUUGUUUACUGCGAAAGCUGUAGAGCUUAAAGCCUUUGGGAUUCAAAUUAAUUUAGGACCAAGAGGAUCAAUAUUUGAAAAAUAUCAAAGAGCCAAAGAGCAGCUUGAAAAGCUUAAUCCAAUACAAAGAAUCAGAUUUGAAAGUAUAAAGGAGCAAUAUAAAGUAGAGCUCGCUGAAGAAAGAAAAAUAAUCAAAAAACGAGAAUCAGUCGAAAGAAAAGCUAUGCUGAAACGUAUGGAAACAGCCAAAAAAAUCCAUGAGCAGAGACAAAAAGCUAAACAAGAGCAGCAAAAUCGCCAAGACAUUCCUAUUGAUGAGAUGGUUGAUAGCCCUGAAAAAUAUCAAAAAAUCGUUGAAAGGUUUAGAGCGACUCAUGAAAAAUUCAUUGACAAGCAAUUCCCCGCCGAUAAAAAAUCUCUUGGAGAAAAAAGCAGUCAUUUUGUGUCUGGCUGGAAAAGAGCUGGUGAUGAAUCCACUUUAUAUGAAGGCGGAGUGUCCCCAGAAGACAUUAAACAAGGUGCUUUAGGAGAUUGUUACUUUUUAAGCGCUCUUUGUGUUUUAGGGGUAAAUCCGAAAGAACAACCAAAUAAUGCCUCAGGAGAAAGCCUAAAUAGGGUCGAAAACAUCUUUAAAGGAGAAAAGCCUGAUCCAAAAUGCGGAGCAUAUAUAAUGAAAUUUUAUAGAAAUGGUGAUGAGGUUUACAUUAUUGUUGAUGAUGUGUUUCCAAUUAACGAGCAAGGUGAAUGGGCCUUUGCAAGAACAGUUUCUGGGACUGAACUAUGGCCAAUGCUGUUAGAAAAAGCUUAUGCAAAAUUAUAUGGCUCAUAUGAUUCCAUUGCUGCUGGAAAAGUUCACUAUGCUCUUGAAGACCUUACUAAAGGAGCACCUGAAGAAAUUCGUUUAGAAUCAGCUCAAAACAACUCAGACGCCUUGUGGAGCAAAAUGCUUAACUUUUAUGAAAACGGGUAUUUAAUGGGCGCAGGCUCACCUGAAAACCCUCAAGGCGAUUUAGCUGUUUCUGAAAAUGGGAUAGUUCAGGGCCAUGCUUAUGCAAUAUUAAAUAUAAUUGAGCUCGAUGGAGAAAGGCUUAUCAACUUAAAAAACCCUCAUGGACAGUAUGGAACAGAAUGGCGUGGAGACUGGUGUGACAGCAGCUUUAAAUGGACCAAAAAAUUCAAAGAAAAGCUUAAAUUUGAAGAAAAAGAUGAUGGGAUUUUCUGAAUGUGCUUAGACGAUUUUGUAUGGGAAUAUAAAUCAUUGUAUAUCUGCAGAAUUUUCGAUGAUAAAAAAUGGAAUAAAUUGAAUGAAAUUGAAGGAGCAUGGAGUGGAAAACGAGCGGCAGGCCUUCCUUGCAAAGAUAACCCACAAGUUGAAUUUUCUGAUAACCCACAAUAUCUUAUAAAAGUAUCCAAGCCAUGUACUGCAUUUAUAGUCCUAACCCAAAAAGAAGCUGUUGAUAUGUUUAAAGGAAAACUCCCCAUAAUAUUCAUGAUUUUUUAUGGAAACCAACGUGUCAAAGAUCCUAGCAAAAAUAUAUUAAAAACAUCAGGAUGCCCUACUGACUUAAAAGUAGUAAGCGCUGAGGUACCGCUUGAUAAAGGAAAUUCUUUUACAGUUGUAUGUGCAAGUAUGUAUAAAGGAGAAAGAGGAUAUGGAAAUUAUAUAUUAAAUGUUACUGUGGACGAUCCAAAAGCUACUAUUAGUGAAUUACCUUAA